AUGGCGUGGUCGCAGCUCACCAUAAACAAACCGCAUUUGGUGUACAUCAUCCUCGGCGGAUUCACCAGCAUAUUCAUGCUAUGCUCGCUCUUUAUCAAGGAGAAGCUGUACAUUGGCGAGGCGACCGUUGCAACAAUAUGCGGUGUGAUAUUUGGACCCCAUGCGGCAAAUCUCAUCAACCCUCUGACCUGGGGUAACACCGACCAGAUUACCCUCGAGUUCUCCCGCAUCGUCCUGGUCGUCCAGUGUUUCGCCGUCGGCGUCGAGUUGCCAAAGGCGUACAUGGAAAGGCACUGGAAAUCCGUCGUCUUCCUCUUGGUCCCAGUCAUGACUUUUGGUUGGCUGGUCACCAGUCUCUUCAUCUGGUGGAUGAUUGUCCCUCUCAGCUGGCUGGAGUCUCUGGUCGUUGCAGCUUGCGUCACCGCCACCGAUCCGGUCUUGGCUUCGUCGGUCGUGGGAAAGGGCAAGUUCGCAAAACGAGUCCCUAAACAUCUUCGAGAUGUCCUGUCUGCCGAAUCCGGUUGCAACGACGGCAUGGCUUUCCCGUUCAUCUAUCUGUCUCUCUACUUGGUUAGGUACAACCUCCGUGCCGGAGAGGUGAUCUUCCAUUGGACGUGUUUUACGAUCCUGUACGAGUGUAUAUUUGGCGCUUUCUACGGCGUCAUGGUCGGCUACAUAGGCCGCCACGCCAUUAAGUGGGCCGAGCGAAAGGGCUUGAUUGAUCGCGAAAGUUUCCUUGUAUUCUAUUUCGUCCUGGCCUUAUUCUGCGCCGGAUCCGGGAGUCUGUUGGGUAUGGACGAUCUCCUUAUUGGUUUUGCCGCUGGAGUAGGGUUUUCGAACGACGGUUGGUUCACCGAGAAAACCGAGGAGUCCCAUGUGUCCAACGUCAUUGACUUGCUUCUCAACUUGGCCUACUUUGUUUACUUUGGGACCAUCAUCCCCUGGGAUCAGUACAAUGCGCAGGCACACGGCCUCGCCCCUUGGAGGCUUGUUGUCAUUUCGAUCAUGGUCAUCUUGUUCCGUCGGAUCCCUGCCAUGCUGGCUCUGAAACCUCUCAUCCCCGACGUCAAAACUUGGCGCGAGGCUUUGUUUGCGGGUCAUUUUGGGCCUAUCGGUGUGGGCGCCAUCUUUGCAGCAAUCUUGGCCCGUGCUGAAUUGGAAACAGACGGAGCGAUACCGUUGGCCAAGCUCCCUCAAAAUAGCGAGGAAUAUCAGCUAAUCUACCUUAUAUGGCCCCUGGUCACGUUCAUGGUCAUCUCGUCCAUCCUCGUCCAUGGUUCAUCAAUCGCCGUGUUCACCUUGGGCAAACGAAUCAACACCUUGACCAUCACUCUGUCGUAUACCCAAGACAACGAGAAAGGCCCGGCAUGGAUGCAAAGACUUCCCCGGAUUACAUCUCAGUCAAGGUCCAUGUCCCGCAGGGAGAGCUCGGAAUGGGACAUCGAUGAAAAGCUGGAAGUUCCGCCUGGAGAACUCCCACCGAUUGGGAUUCCCAAACUCCAUCUCAGGCGACAGCGGGAAGACGAGUAUGAGAAGAGACCGGUCUCGAGAUCUUCGAGUCUUGGCAGAGCACGGAGGCGGAGGAAGCGUGAUAGAUCUCUCGAAGAACGGCUGGGAGGUCCUGUCAGUCAGAGUGCCAUUGCCCCGUCAAGACGUAGUGAGCCCGCACUCGUGCAACAGGAGUCUGGUUCAGACACAUUGUUCGACAAGUCCGGCGAACCUUCGCCGGAAAAUCGUCAAGAUGGUGGCGAAGCUACGUCACCAACCUCAUCCCCAGAGCGCCAUGAGCUUGAAGCUGAGCGGGAGAGGAAACCGGCACGGCGUGCUCGGUCUCCACCACCUCCAGACACGGCUGUAGACGUCGAGGUAUAUGAGGAAGGUGACAAUAUUAUCGUUGAGGACGAGGAAGGAAAUGUGGUAGACACGAUCGACACCAGUAACAUGGCGCCAGAUGAAAAGGUGGAGGCGAUCGAGAAAGCCCGCAAUCGGUUGGCUAAAGACGAUUCUGGAGAAUUCACAAAGCACAAGCACAAGCCACACCCCAGAAACGAAGGCGAGGAGUUGGAAGAGGAGAUUGAACAAGCUGUCUUGCCCAAAAGUAUGCGUCAGAGAUUUGAUCAGUGGAAAGGCUUUGGCAGACGUAAGGAGGGAGAUGCGGAACCUUCGAGCUCCAAGCAGACCGAACGAAAGCGGGGUCCGGCUCAUGCUUACCAGUUUGGCAAUACUGUUAUUGUUGAAGACGAGGACGGCGAGGUCAUCAAGACAUACAAUAUUCCUACCGAGAGUGGUGGCGGUGACAAGACAAGGGAACAGCAAAUGCGCGAUGGUCUGCGCCGUAUGAGCACCUGGGUUGGUCUGGGACGACAGCCUGGAGCUGCCGGUCCCAGCACUGCUGCUACUGCUCCUGCGCCACCAGACAAACAAGACCACGACCCGAAGGAUGCUGCCAAAAAGCGAGAUUUCAGAAGACGGAAUAGCGAUGCUUCCUCCGACGACGGCCUGAGAAUGACAAUUUCAAGGGCCGAUCAAUACGGCUUGACUGGACUGCAAAAGAAAACACGAGAUGCUCCCGGAACCAUUGCAUUGGGGUCUGGCCGACGACUGUCGACAAGGGACUUCAUCAAGCAAAUGCAGCAGCUCGACCCUAAAAAUAAGAUUCGAGAAGUCGAACGGAGUGACGCCACAGACGACAUCAAACGAGAAGUAAAAAGAGUCGCGAAAAUGGAAAGAGAGGGACUUGAUGAUCUGACUCCGCCCGAGGAGAGCCCAGCGCGUGGCCGGACCGAGGCAAAUGUCGGCGGUGCGUUAGGUGUUCGCCGCCCAGACGCUGGCGGAAGAACUGCGAGCGAGUCAGAAGCCGAUGACUAUUUCAGCCCCCAGCGGCGUUCGAGACCCGAUCGAUUGAGGACACAUGAAAGCAACCGAACUGUGAGAGAAGAGAGUGACGAAGACGAGCAGGAAGAAGAGGAAGAGGAGGAGGAGGAAGGAGACGUUCCAACUCAUAAUGUGAGAUCGAGCGUCAUGAGGCACGGCAAAGGUCAGACGGCGGCAGACAUUCGCAGAAGGACCCUGGCGAGGAUUCGUUCUGAGGAGGAAGAAGAGAACGGCGACGAAGGAGAAACCGCUGCGGAAAAGCGGCGCCGGCUCGCCGCACUGGGUCUGGGUGGCGGAGACGAAGACUCAAGCAGCGAGAGCGAUGAGGACGAGCCUCGCCGAAAUGAAGCGGCGGUGCCAGAGCCCACCGAAGAAGCAUCGUCGUCUUCAGCUCAGCCUAAAGCGCGGAUUCAAUGGGGCGGCGAGAGGGGGCGGGAGAAGAAAGACCCCUACGACAUCUACGCCGGCGAUCCGAUUGUUGGUGCUGCGAGGAAACUGAGGGGGAUGAUGAAGAAGAAAAGCUGA